AGCUUACUUUAAUGCGAAGACACCUAACCCAUUUGGAUGAGGGGUAACUUCGCUAUUUCGAGAUUCAUGUUGUUCACACUUCGAAGGAAACUGCAUUUGCCUUUUCACUUUCCUUCACAAAUUCUUUCUUAACUUGGUUGGUUACUCGGUUUUGUUGGUUACUCGGUUUGGUCGGUCGUGUUGGUUUUGGACAGAUUUCCAUGGCUAUUUAAGCCAAUAAAUCCAUUGUUUAAGAGAUUCAAUUCCUUCCAAAAUGGGCUUAAUGGGUAUUUUCUUCAAGUUUGCAGGGGACUGCUUUGAUGUUCUUGCGUGGCCUCUCUUUGCUUUGGGUUAUCCGUUGUAAGUCUUAUUGUGUGUAUGCUAGUUCUAGUUAAUUAUUUGACAUUGGAAUUUUGGAAAAUUUGAGGUCAUUUCUUUAUUCUGUUUUGCAUUAUGCUACAUUCAGUUCAGUGAUUCUUCAAUCGUGUAAUAUAAACUGCCUUUGAUCUCUUUAGAAAUUUCAACUGUGCAGAAAUUGAUUGCUAUUUAGCAAGUAACCUUAUAUGCGUUUAUGAUCUUUAAUUGUGAUGCUUACAUGUUAACAGAUGUGCUUCGAUUCAAGCGAUUGAGACUAAUUCCAUCUCGGAAACCCAGAGGCUGAUCACAUAUUGGGUCUGCUUCUCUUCGAUUUUGCUGUUUGAAAAUGCUUUUUUGAAGCUACUAGAAUGGUGUCCCUUUUGGCCUUACAUUAAGCUAAUAGCUGUUGGCUGCUUGGUUAUACCUCACUUUGAUGGUUCUUAUUAUGUCUAUGGACACAUCAUUCAUCCAUGUCUCUCUAUUGACCAGCAAACCAUUGUCAAUAUGUUCAACAAGCUGAAGGAGUUCUAUUUUGAGAAAUAUAAUGUUCUUGUUGCAAUGGAGAGAGAUAUAAAAGGAAAUGGACCGGAUGCUUUCGAGAAUCCUAUUGCUUUGAAGCCAAAGCUUGAAGAACCUAAAGUAGUGAAGAAAGACAUUAAUGCUGCGGAAAUGAUGGAGAAAAAAGACACAACCUCAACCAAGAAGGUUAUACCAACAAAACCUGAUUUUGCUCCAACAGAAAACAAAACAUGUGCUUCUCUGGAAAUCAAAGAAAUGACAGCUGAAUCAGUAUCAGGUAGAGAUCUUCCUGAUGUACCAUCUUCUAAGAACAUACAAAAGGAGUGGACCUGUCCCAUAUGUCAGAUAACAACCACAAGUGAGAUAGUCUUUAUUUCCCAUCUUCAAGGAAGGAGACAUGAAGCUGCUUCUGAGAAGCUCAAAGCCAACCAGAUGCUGCAAAACAAGAAUUCCCCUGCUUCAGUGGAAAGAAGUGCACCUAAAGAAAUGGCAGCCACAGUGGUAGCAGGUAGAGACCUUCCCAUCAAACUACCUUCUGAAAACAUUGAGGAGUGGAACUGUCCUAUAUGUCAGGUAAAAACCUCCAGUCAGACAGUCUUUAUAUCCCAUCUUCAAGGAAUGCGACAUGAGGCUGCUUCCAAGAAGUUGAAAUCCAAGAACCAGAUUUUGGAAAGCAACACUUCCCCUGCUUCUGUGGAGACAACUGCAUCUAAAGAAAUGCCAACUGCAGGAGUUGCAGUGGGAGAUUUUCCUAACAAAUCACCUUCUAAGAGCAUCCAGAAGUGGAACUGUCCUAUCUGCCAGAUAACAACCCCUAGUGAGACAAUCUUUAUUUCCCAUCUUCAAGGAAGUCAACAUGAAGAUGCUUCUGAGAAGUUGAAGUCCAAAAACCAACAAUUGGAAAGUGACAAUUGCAUUUCUUCUAUAGAAAUGAAUGCACCUAAAGAAAUGGCAACCACAACAGUAUCAGAUGGAGAUCUUAUUGACAAACCAACUUCUGUGAACUCCAAGGAGUGGACUUGUCCUAUAUGUCAGGUAAUAAGCAUCAGCGAAGCACUCUUUAUUUCCCAUCUUCAAGGAAGGCGACAUAAGGGUGCUUUGAAGAAGCUGAAGGUCCAGGACAUGAUGUUGCAAAGUGAGAAUUCCCCUGCUUCAGUGGAAAAUGUUGCACCUAAAAAAAUGGCAGCUACAAAAGUAGCAGGUGGAGAUCUUCCCAACAAUAUGCCUUCUGAGAAGGCCCAGAAGCAGUGGACUUGUCCUAUAUGUCAAGUAACAACCACAAGUGAGAAAAUAUUUGUUUCCCAUCUUCAGGGAGGGCGACAUCAGGCUGCUUCUGAGAAGCUGAAAGCCAAGAACCAGAUGUUGGAAAGCAAGAAUUCCCCUACUUCAAUGGAAACGGGUGCACCUAAAGAAAUGGCAACUACGACAAUAGCUGGUAGCACCUUUCCUGACAAACUGCCUUCCCAGAAUAUCCUAAAGGAGUGGACUUGUGCUAUAUGUCAGGUCACAACCACAAACGAGACAGACCAUAGUUUACAUCUCCAAGGAAGGCAACAUGAGGAUGCUUGUGAGAGGCUGAAAGCAAAAAACCAGACAUCAACAAGCAAGGUUUGCCCUUCUUCAGUGGAAACACAUGUACCUACAGAAAGAAGAGAAAUGGCAAAUGCAACAGUAGCUGGUCGAGAUAUUUCUGACAAAUCAUGUUUGAAGAAAGCCCAAAAUGAGUGGACUUGUGCUAUAUGUCUGGUAACAACUACAAGUGAGGCAGACCUUAUUUCACAUCUUCAAGGACAGCGACAUGCAGAUGCUUAUGAGAAGCUGACAGCUAAGGAUGAGACAUCAAAAAGCAAGAUUUCUCCUGCUUCACUGGAAACAUGUUCACCUCUGGAGAAAAAAGAAAUGACAACUGCUAAAAUAGAAGAUGGAGAUAUUUCUAACAAGCCACAUUCAAAGCUUGUUCAAAAGCCAUGGACUUGUUCUAUAUGUCAGGUAAUAGCCACAAGUGAGGCAGAGCUUACUUCACAUAUUCAAGGACAUAGACACAAUGAAUGUGAUGAGAAGCUGAAAACCAUGAAACAGUUGUCGAAUAGCUUGGUAUUCCCUGCUUCAAUGGAAACAUGUGCACCUCUAGAGAAAAAAGAAAUGGGAGCUACAAAAGGAGCAGAUGGAGGUAUUCCUGAAAAACCACAACCAAAGAACUCUCAAAAGGUAUGGAUUUGUGCUUUAUGUCACGUAACAGCUACCAGUGAGACAGAUCUUAUUUCACAUUGUCAAGGAAAGAGACAUAGAGUUGCUUGUGAGAAGCUCAUAGACCAGAAGCAGAAGUCCACAAGCAAUGUUUCACCUGCUUCACCAAAAAGUACGAGCUCCAAAGCAAAAAAGCAAGGUAAGCAAGAGAACCUGAAGAACAGAGUUGUUGAGGUAAGAAAUUCUCUUUGGUGGUGUACCAUCUGUAAUACAAGUUGCAACAGUGAGGGAAACAUGGACACUCACCUUAGUGGGAACAAGCACUUGUCUAGAAUUCAAGAACUUAAUAGUGCUGGAGGUAGUGGGCAGGCCUGAGUUGAUUCUCACCACCAAUUCAGAAAACUGUCUAUUUGUAUCGUAAAAGCUGGUUAUGAAUUUAUGGGAUUACGUUGAUAAAUUACCAAGAUUUAAUUCUGAAUUGUAGUCUUGGGUUCAUAGUAUAUAUGUAGAUCUGUUUUCAGUUUGAGACUAAAUAAGAUAGGACUCGAACAUCUAAAAAGUAUAAUGUUAUCCCGUGUUUCAUUUUGGUGAUAGGGUAGUGUUAAGGAUUAUCCUAGUACUUUUUUGA